ACAAAUUCCAUAGGUUGUUUCUAGGUUAAGAAGAGUUAAAACUGGGAAUUUGGCUAUUUUAUAAUAUAAAAAUUAUUCAUAAAUAUACAGUUUGCAAAUAUACAUUUGCUAAUUUAUUUCGAGACGAUAAAAUUGAAAUAAAACUAGAUUUUACUGAUAGGGUCUAAAAAUGUCUCUGGUAUCCCACUCUUGUAUUAAAAUAAUUCAGUCAUGGCUACCACAGGUAAUAUUUAAGAGAUACAGAUAUCAUUCAGAGAAAAUUGCCAAGGGUCCUCUAUUGCGAAGGUAUGGUUAUGAAAAUCCUGUUCUACAAAGAGGCCCAUUACCGAGAAUUGAAGGUGCUAAGAAAUUACCUAUGCCAACAUAUAAACCAAAGGAUAGCUGGUCGGAGAAAAGAGCUCUUUUUGGACAAAAUGAUUAUAUAGACAUUUUGGGAAAUGAAAAAUUACAUCCUACGAGAAUUUUAUAUAAUGUACCAGCUUGGCUUAGAGGAGUAGGUGGAAAUGAAUUUCAAGUUAUGAUUAGAAAAAGAAAAAUGUUGGGGAAAACCCCAUAUCCUCUUGCCAGGCCUACAAAGUGGUAUCAACUGCAACUGAGAAUUUCGUAUUUAUAUAGAUUUAUGAACAGAAAAACUAAAACUCCUUUUUCAAAACAAUAAUUGGUAAAUUUUAGGCAUACAUAUUAGGCAUUGUAAAAAUGUUCAUAUUUGAUACAUUUAUUUAAAUUCGAGUUUAAAUUAUUUCCGUUGCCACAAAUAAAAAUGUGUAAAUAGUAAUAAUUUUUUUAAGUUGCUAUAGGAGAUCCUUUUUACUAGAUUGUUAAUAUAAAGUGUCGCAAGGCACUUGGCACUUGGCACAUGGUUACACCUACUGCAGAUGCAUUUUUAUAAAUGAGAUCAUAUUCCCUUAAGGGAUUUUAUACAUCGUUUAUAUUGUAAAAUAUUAUAAAUCAAUUGUAAUAAUAAUAAAAAAGAAAUAAGCAGGAAACAGAAAUAUUUGAAAACUUAUAAAUUAAAAAAUUAAAAUCAAAUAUAGACAAAGCGUUAGUAAAUGAAAAGAGAUGGGUUACAACACGGGUAGGUAAGCGAGUAAUAUUAAAAAAAUAUUGAUGUAAUCUCGUCCUUAUUUAACUACAACCUGUUUGGUAAUCAAUGUAAAAUAUGUCAAUAAAAUGAAAAUAAAACAUU